AUGGAUUUUGACUCAGUCCUCGCACCUCCCAUGCCUCAAAUGCAAACUGGAAUUUUUGGCGAUUUCAAGCAGCCUAAAAGUAUUAUUGAUAUCCAGCAAGGAGUCACUUUCCCUCACAGAAGGAUCAGGGGAAGACUUUCAUUACUUCAUCCCUGUGGCUGUAAAAGUCCUUCACCCAGGUCUAUACUACCAGGUAUGUACCUUCUCAUUAUAAAGAGCUGGAGCCGGAUACUCAACCUGAUCCCAGGAUUCAGGUGGAUGAGUCUGCCUGAAGUUGUGGAGGAGUUUGAAAUGCUGAUGGCCCGGCAAGUGUUCAUGGAUAAUUUUGUCCAUGCUGAUUUGCACCCCGGUAACAUCCUAGUGCAAGGAUUUCCACAGCACACUUCUGGGUGCAUCGGCAAGACCACUUUAUUGGACAUGCAUGACACACUUAUCAUAAAUAUUCACCCUCGCCGAAGUACACCCCGGCUGGUCUUGCUGGAUGCGGGAAUUGUGGCUGAACUGCAGGAGAAGGAUCUUGAGACCUUUCGAUCCAUCUUUACUGCAGUAUUACUGGGACAAAUAAGUAGACAAGGAGAGACAGUGGCUGGACUGAUCCUCCACCAUGCUAAAGUCAAUCAGUGUACAGAUGUACAGAGUUUCCAGUCUCAGAUGGAGGAGCUGGUGAAGGAGGCCAGGAAGGAUGCAGCAUCUCUGGGGAAGCUGCAGAUUGCGGCUCUGCUCUCCCAGAUUUACAAACUGCUGAUGACUUAUCCGGUGAAGUUGGAGAGCAACAUUCCAUCUAUCACAUUCGCCAUUUGCUUCUUGGAAGGACUUGGCCAAGCGUUGGACCCAGAAACUGACAUUCAGGAAGCAGCCAGGCAUUUCCUGUUAUAAAAUGCCACUUCCAUGGAAUGA